AUGCACCCUUCUUGGCGUGCAUCCGUCUUCCACUUAACUCGAUCCCUUCGAUUUUUGAACCUUCGGCGCAGCUUGUGUCUCUACACAGGUUCCGGAAGCUGGUUCUAUGGUGUAGUGGACUUCUACACUGUGUUUUUGCACCUUCACGGAUCGAUGCUGCCAGAUAAGCCAUGGCCGGUGCUUUCUAAGCCAUGGCAGACCAAGAAGGACAUCAAAUUUGUCAUCCAAAUCCAGUACGAUGAAGUCAUCAUCGUACUGCUUUCCUUCUAG